UUUCUUGAUAUGCGAGCCGGUAACCUGGUGGUGGUAUCGUACGGUGAUGGUCCCGAAGUUGCCUCACGAGUUAACUCGGGAUCCCCGUUAUGUCCAAGUCCGCGAACCUCUGGGAAGGGCAUCGGUGUACACGUUCAUCGGUAUCUUCUCUUUCUCCUGCGGCAAUCUUUCCGAGUCUUCUCAGAGAUCUUACCGUGGCUUCUUAUAUUUCGUGUUUUCGCGCUUCGAAAGAACUAUAAAGUAAUGCUUGGUAAAGGUGAUUGUAAAUAAUCAAAAAUGAGAAAAUCUAUCGUUUAUUGAGAACAAGGACAAAAGAAAUAAAUAAAAAAAGAAAGAAAGAAAAAGGAAAGAAAGGAACAAGAAAGUGCCAUCGAUGACACACGAUGACCAUGAAGAUGAUUGCAAGAUGAUCCAUCUGUGAAUACUCCAUGAAUCUGAUGUUGAUUCGAAGGUGAUAGUGGCCUCGAGAAGUAAAACGGGCUAAUCGUACGACACACCUUUAUAAAACUGUGUUAUUUGUAUCAGUAUCAUUGUAGUUGGCACGUGGAAGUGCCAACACCAUCAUCAUGGUUUCAUACUUGUUGUUGGGUUCGUUAAUUAUCGUCAAUAUUUAUAAAAACGAGGCAGCAUGGCGACCAUGCGUCGAAUUAAAGCGAGAUUUGCAUGUACCAUGCAAGUGUAUGGUAUCUUCAAAUUAUCCAAGAUCUAUCGAAAUGGAUUGCGAUCGUGUUAUUUUUACUCGUGACACUUUGGACAGUCUCAAGGGACAACCGAUUAUUUCGAUCAGUCAAAGACACUGUGGCUAUCAAAGCUUACCAGAAGAACUUGUUGGAUCUGGUUUGACCUUGAGAGAGUUGGAUCUCUCCGAUAAUUCCAUUUACAGAUUAAUGGAUCGCCAAUUGCAAUCUCAAAAUCAAUUACGUGUAUUGAGAUUAGCCAAUAAUCUUCUCGGUGAUAAUUUAAAUCCUAUUUUUUCGAGCAACGAAUUUCAUGGUAUGGAAGAAUUACGAAGGCUUGAUCUUCGAAAAAAUGGACUUCGAAACAUUGAGGAAGGAAUUUUUAAAGGUUGUAUCAAUCUCGAAGAACUUUAUUUAGAUGAGAAUAAUAUGACUAUUGUGCCUACUGCUUCGUUGAAAGGACCAAAAGGUAUCAAGAUACUCUCGCUUAUUGGAAAUAAUAUUGGUUCCCUUUCAAGAGGAGCCUUUUUGACAUUGGGCGAGUCUUUGUUACGUCUGGAUCUCAGUAAUAAUGGAUUAUCACAUAUGGAGGAUGGUUCACUUUCUGGAUUAGAACACUUGCUUUUCUUAAAUAUAUCUCGCAAUGAUCUCACAAGAUUUAAUAGCGAUGUAUUUAAAGGAGCAUACAAUUUAUUACAAUUGGAUCUUUCUGUGAACUACUUACAAGAAUUUCCUACUUAUGCUUUGAGACAUUUGACGGAUCUAAAGUUUUUGAAUAUUUCAAAUAAUUUAAUUACAGAAAUUGAACGUGUCCAUUUGUUAGGCCUGACCGAAUUACAAGUACUCGAUCUAAGUCGAAAUAAUAUUGGUCGACUUGGAAUAAAUACGUUCUCCAGUCUUUCCUCUCUCACUAGACUUGAUUUAAGCUUGAAUGCUUUGCGUACGAUAGAGGAGUCAUCCUUCGAAGGAUUAGUAAAAUUAAAAUGGUUGUCGCUACAGGAUAACAAUAUUUUAUUAGUACCGGCUACAGCACUAACACGACUACCAGCAUUGGCUCAUCUUCACGUCGAAUUCAAUCGUGUAGCGGCAUUAUCCACGGAAUUAAUUCGAUCUACGUCAUCUAGUCUCGUUACGUUAGGAUUAACGCGUAACUUGGUGCGAGAAAUCCCAGGUCGAUUGUUCUACAAUUUCGAAAAUCUCAUUAGCAUAGAACUUUCUGGUAACAUGCUCUCUAGUAUUUCACAAAAUACGUUCGCCGGUUUGGAAGAUACUUUAUUGAAUCUAGAUGUUUCCUUCAAUCGUUUGACCAGUAUGACUGAACUUCCUUUAAAAAAUUUAUUAUCUUUAAAUUUGGCCGGUAAUCAAUUGAAAAGAAUAUCUCCCGAAACAUUCAAACAUUUGCCGAGAUUACAAUAUCUUAAUCUUAGCAGUAAUGCUCUUUAUGGAGGAUUUCCACCAAUAUUUCCAUCGUCGUUAAUUAUACUUGAUAUAUCGUAUACAGGCUUGAAGAUUUUACCAACAGUUUUAAUGUUAAAUCUGGAAUCUUUAGAAAAGGUUUAUCUGUCUGGAAAUAAUUUGCAAGAGAUAGACGAGGGUACUUUUCAACAUCAUUACAAUUUAUCCGUGAUCGAUUUAUCUAAUAAUUUUAUCGAACGUAUUGACAAUGGAGCUUUCGUCGGCCUUAUAAAUCUUUACGAGCUUAAUCUACGUAGUAAUAGAUUAACGUCUUUCAUCGGAGAAUAUUUCAAUACUGGAACAGGCUUACAAAUAUUGGAUUUAUCGAAUAAUCGUCUGAGUCAAUUAUCACCGACUGCUUUUGUGAUUCAUCCUAGAUUGAGAAGCCUCGAUCUAUCUUAUAACGAUUUCGUCCAUUUCCCUAGCGAUUUUAUCAAAUCUCUGCAAUUUUUGGAACGUUUGGAUUUGUCGAGGAAUAAAUUAAAGAACGUCGAUGAAUUUUCCUUCUCACAAAUCGGUCGAUUAUAUAUGUUAAAUCUUUCAGGAAAUAAAAUAGAGUCUGUUGAAGAACUGGCUUUUCAUAAUUCUACGCAACUUCAAAUAUUGGAUCUAUCUAAUAACGUCUUGGAAACGUUAAGCGAACGUACGAUGGAAGGUUUAUUACGUCUUGAACAUCUUGAUCUUCAGAAUAAUAAAUUAGCUUCGUUACCAGAAACUAUAUUCGAUCAAUCCAGAAUUCGUUCAGUGGAGAGCAUCGAUUUAUCAGGGAACUACUUCAAUGAAAUACCGAUAAGAACUUUACAGAGACAAUCGGCAUCGUUGUUCAGUUUAAAGAUAGCAAGAAAUAAGAUGACGGAAGUCUUUACACAAGAUAUAGUCAACAAUGUAAAAGACCUUGAUCUUUCAGAGAAUCCACUUAGCGAAAAUGCUAUACGUGGUAUAUUAGGCGAAGCAAAGAUAUUAAGAUCUUUGAAUUUAGCCCAAACUGGUAUAAAAGUAUUAACCAGACUUGAGACACCAUUUUUAAAACAUCUAAAUCUAUCUGGAAACGAUAUAAUAGACAUCAAACCAGCUAUUCUUGAACGUACUACUAUGUUGGAAAGUUUUGAUUUAUCCAGAAACAAAUUGACGGAUUUUUCGAACUUGGUGAAUACGUUUAAAAUACUUCCAACUCUUCAAAGUUUGGACAUAUCUAACAACGACGUGAAAGCUAUCAAUGAGAGUAGUUUCGAUGGAUUAUCCACGUUGCGUUCACUUAAGAUCGCUGAUCUUCCUAAUUGUACUAGAAUAGAAAAGAACGCAUUCAAACACUUGGGAAAAUUACGUUCGUUAUAUGCCUAUAGUUAUCCUAAAUUAGGUUAUUUCGACGUGCAAGGAAUAUUGAAAGGGAUGCCAAACUUAGAAACCUUAGAUAUUGAAAUCAAAGAUUCGUCUGUGGGAAACGAGCAACUUUCUAUAAGAACGCAUCCUCGUUUGCGACUAUUAACUUUACGAGGAGAGAGAUUACGUACCGUACUUUCGAGUUCGUUGGUGGGUGUACGUGUACCUUCAUUGUCCCUUGGUCUGAAAAAUACAUCCGUUGACACGAUACCAGCAGCUCUCUUCUUCCCGGUACCACGUUCUACAGUAGUCUCAUUGGAUAUAACUGGAAAUAAAUUCACUACUCUGUCCGUACAAUUGUUGGCUGCUCUCGAUGAAAGAAGUGGUUUCGUAAAACUCACUGGUUUGGAUAGUAAUCCUAUUAAUUGUAACUGUGAAACGAAACAUCUUUGGAGAUGGUUAAAAGGAUUAGGCAAUAGAGCAUCUAAUGUUAUUUGUAUGACUCCUGAUUAUGUAUCAGGAAUGUUAUUGAAUAAUCUUACCGAGGAAUAUCUUACUUGUGAUCGGACAACCCUUAGUAGAUAUCAAACAACAGAAAUGACACCUUCCUCGAGAUCAACAACGGCUGAACCUGAAAUUAUAUGGACUGUACAACCAACGACUCAGAAUAAUAGAAAUAAAAAUUACAAUGGAGAUCAUACCAGUAGUGUUACCGUUGGAAAUGUGUCGAGUACAGACGAUACUUUAAUAAUUGGCAUAGUUGGUGGUGUCGUCGCUUUUAUAGCCAUCAUCGUUAUAGUCAUAUGUAUCUGUCGGCUCAAAUGGAGCACCCAAAUGAACGAAGCUAGAAUGACGGCAGUGGCAUCUAGCAUUCAUGAAGCUUCAAUGAUAAGACCUGCGAGUGCUUACUCGGGUAAGAUCAAUCACGAUGUUUACGUGGGAUCUUAUAACGGAUCAACGUUAGGUCGUGGUAACGGUGUACAUGGUUCUUCGGUACCUACCACACCGGUACAAAUGAUGCCCUAUGUUCAACCAGUUCAUGUUAUGCAUCCAUUUGCACCACCCCCGCAGGUAUCUCAACCGUUAUAUGGUUAUUACGAUAAUCCACCGGUACCGAUGUAUGUCACGUGUCCAUCUGAAAAUAAGUUUGAUAGAUAAUAAAACUUGAUCAUAUUUUUAAAGAUAUUACUUUUAAACUAAUCUCUUCGCAACAUUUUCAAAUUAAUUCACAUUCGAAACAUUCUUUAAUAAGAGAUACUUACCUUAUUUACGUAUAUAUAUAUGACAUUUUUCUCAUAAUAGGACGAAAGAAUGAAUAUCCUUGAAUAACUACAUCUAUUAAGAAGUUCAAUGAUACACAUAGAUCGAGAUAUAUUGUUAUAAUUCUUAUUGAUUGAAUAAAGUGGGGCCGUGAUCAUAUCUUGUUGCAUAGUAAAAAAAAAUUACUACAACAAAUAUUAAACGAAUUAUAUUAUGUUUUCUUCGUUAUAUAGUGAAAUUUUACAUUUCCGUAUUUGGAUUCGUCUGUAUAUAAUUAUUUGUUAAGAGCGUAUAUAUAUAUAAAGAUACAAUAUAAA